UUAAAGAAGUUAGGGCUAAUGGGGCCAUUGCUCUCGACACCAAAGAGAAAGCCUUACAAAGAGCACGAGAAAUGAAAAAUGAAGUGGAAAACGGGCACGUAGUAGUUCAUGAUGAGCACGGACGCAAAGUGACAGAGGACAAAGAUAAUAUUUAUGUGGAAAUUGAUUUGCCAGGAAUUAAGAAAGAGGAAACUAAAAUUGAGGUCUAUGAAAAUAUUUUGCGGAUUUCUGGGAACAGAAAAGAAAAAUUAAAACGAGAAAAUGCCAAGCAGCAUUAUUCUGAAGUCUUUUAUGGUUCUUUUACUCGGGAAUUCGUGUUGCCAGCAGCAGUCGAAAAAGAAAAAAUUAAGGCUCGUUAUGAGGAUGGAGUUUUAUUUAUAGCUAUUCCUAAAACAACUAAAGGCCAAGCCCAAAUAGUAGAAAUAGAAUAA